GAAGACUUCCGAAAACCUACAUCAACCUACUUUCAACUCAGGAGCUAAAUUUGAGAUUUAACAGAACUGAGGAAGUAACAGAACGGAGAAAAAACCAUGGCGAGUUUCACGAAGAGUUCGUGGCUACAUCUUCUGCUGCUCGUAGUCUUAUUACUCAGCGAAGGUUCAGCCCAACGGAGGUCAUCUUCAUCCUCUCGGACCAUCCAGAGAGGGUCUUACAGAAAAAUCCACGGAAGCAGGCGAGGGGCAAGUCGCACGUCUACGAGCCGUGCGAUGGCUCUGAGGUACAGCGCUCUAAAAAGGCUUCGAGACGGAGAGUGCAAAGAUAAACCAGAGGCACAUGAGACCUGUGUAAAAGUAGUCAAAGAACUUGGCAUCCAGGUGUGCGAAGUGAAGAUCGACCAGCUGAAGUACAAACUGGAGAGGAGCUGUGCAAAGACUUGCAACUAUUGUGGAAAAACUGAAAUCAGCUGCGAGAGAACUGGAGACUGUUGUUGGGACAGAUACACACCACGUGGCAGAGCAAGCUGCCCAGAAUGCAAGGAUCACAUGCGCCUUUGCAAAAGAUUCAAAAGGUUCUGUCAAACAAGUAAAGAGGCGAACAAAGAGUUUAUGAGACUGCACUGCCCAGUGACUUGCGGACAGUGUAGAGAUAGGCCUGGAGCGAGAAGAGGAAGACCUGUUACCAUGAGGGACUGGAGCAAGCUUUGAUUUGGUCGAAGAUUGUGUCUGAACUGCAAUAUAAAGUUGGUGGACGGUUCUUACUUGUUUGAAUUUUACAAACGAUACGUAUUUUUGGUGAGGCAUCAGUUUUGAUUAAAGAGGACCUCCACCAAGAAGGCGAAUUACGAGGCACAUGUGGACGAUGUUUGAUGUAAAUAAACAGAUUUUAAGACUCUAAAAAUAAUCAUGCGUUUAAAUCAGGAGCGCCCUUCAUAUCUGGAAAACAGAAUUAUUACAGUUUGGCAAUGUAGAUGAAGUUGUUUUCACGCACGUUUCACCAACAUCUACUAUUUAUAACAGUCUCGGACCAAUCGAGAUUAUAGAUACGU